GUUCUUGUUCGCCGGUCCUUUGAAUUUCUGUGACUACGCAACGCGGCUGAGUCGCUGUAGACGCUUACUCUUCAUUCGAUUAUAUAAGUACUUUCAUCAAAGCUUGUCCACGUUUAAAGCAAUAAUAUCGAGGGAAUGGAAUUUCUCGCUUCUAUAAAGAAAAGGGUUGUAAGCACUAUAAUUGGAAUGGCUACGACGAAGCCGAAUGUCGUGUUCGUUCUCGGACCUCCAGGUUCGGGAAAAGGUACACAGUGUAAGAACAUUGUAAAGAGAUUUGGCUAUAUCCAUCUUUCGGCUGGGGAUCUACUGAGGGAGGAGCAAAACACCCCUGGCUCACAAUAUGGGGAUAUCAUCGAACACCAUGUGCGUAACGGCACCAUUGUUCCAGUUGAGAUCACGUGCAGCCUCAUCGAAAAGGCGAUGCAGAAGCAUGCCGUGAAGAGGUUUCUCAUAGAUGGAUUCCCUCGCAACCAGAAUAAUCUUGACGGAUGGAACACUCAGAUGAGCGACAAAGUCCAUCUGGACUUUGUCCUCUUUAUUGAAUGUCCACAAGAGGUUUGUGUGGAGCGUUGUCUGAAUAGAGGGAAAAAAGGGAGUGGACGCUCGGAUGACAACAUGGAAAGUUUAAAGAAGAGGUUUGAGACAUAUACAAAUGACACAAUGCCAGUCAUCGCCUAUUACGACAAACAAGGCCUGGUUAAGAAAGUGGAUGGCAGUGUCUGCAAUCCCAAAAAGGUGUUUCAAUGCAUUGCAGACUUCUUUGAAAACCUAUAGGGAAAAACUUUAAAAGUGAAAGCAUUUUACUCAAGACAGAAGAAGCACACUUGCUCUACUGUUGAUGUCCUUCUUUUGCCUUUUCUGUAUGUACAGGUACAACUCAAUGUCAUUCCUUUUUUCUUAAGAGCUUAUAGAUAAAAAUAAAUGUGUGUAGUCUGUCUACACAAAGUCAC